GUCGGCGCUCUCAGGGGACGCCCUUUGCCCCGCGCUUUUCGGAGUCGCUGUGGCGGAAGAGAAGGGAUGGCCGAGUACCAGCCGGCAAGGACCUCUAUUAAAGAGAGGGCCAAGCAUGCGUUGAAGGUGUACGAUAUAGGAAGUAAAUACUCAGACUUGACUCUCCCCAGGGCUUCAGUGCUUGUGCCUCUAUUGAUAAAAAACGAGGAGCUCCACGUACUGCUCACAGUCAGAUCCAUGAAGUUGCACAGCAGCCAAGGGGAGGUUUGCUUUCCUGGUGGGAAGCAGGAAAAGAAAGACAGAAGUGACAUAGAUACAGCUCUCCGUGAAGCUCAAGAAGAAAUCGGCCUUCCUCCAGAUCAGGUGGAAGUUAUCUGCAAGCUGGUCCCUAUCAUCAACAAGGAUGAUACUUUGGUGACGCCAGUGGUGGCAUUUAUCUCAGAUACCUUCCGGCCACAGCCCAAUGCUAACGAAGUGAGUGACGUGUUUAUCCUUCCAUUGCACCACUUCUUAAAGUCAGAGGAGCACUCUUCCACUCCGUACAACUCGGGGGUGUUGCUGCACUUCUUUACAUUUAAAGAUCGGCAGCUGCAAAAGUCAUUCACCAUAUGGGGCCUCACUGCACAGAUCUGUAUUAUGGUGGGCUACUUAGCCCUGGGUCAAAAGCCCUUGUUUAAGGUUGAUUUUGACAUUGAUAAUCCAAUGGCAAGUAUGGAGAAAUAUCUCAUGGCAAAGUAUGCAACUAGUAAGUUAUGAGCAUGUUUGGUACGUUCCCUCUUUCUGUCUUCAAGAGGACAGGGGUUAAUGUAUUUUAUGAGAUCUUGUGGUUUCACAUGUAAGUUGGUCCACAUUGGCCAUUCUAAUCGUUUACUUCAACAUAUAAUUUUUGUGCUGUCACCUCAAUUUCUGCGCAUUUUAGUUUAAUUUUCCAUGUUUUCAGUGCUAAUUCUUUGUUGUAAACUGCCAACUAAUUAAAUUGAAUCUUUUGCAAUGUUACCACAGUUUCUUUAGGAUUGCUGAUGACGUGUUGUGGAUUGGUGUAUCAGCAACAUUCUCUGUUUAAUAAAAUAUAUACAUAACACACAGAGAAAAAUAAAUUAUUUUAGUUAUCAGUAUAC